UGACGUGUCUUUUGUUUUGGUAUAACCGGAAGUUGAAAAGUAAACACCUUUGGCAGUAUCAUCUGGCAGGCAAAAACCUCUUCCCUUUUCAAUAUUUCAACAGUUGCUUGAAAAAUACAAGAUGGCUGACUUUGAUCCCUGUGAGUGUAUAUGGAACCAUGAAAAUGCCAUGCAAAGACUCAUAAAUAUGUUAAGAAACACACAGUCCUACUGUACAGAUAAUGAAUGUGUGACGGAAUUGCCAGGAGCAGACAGUGCCCCCGAUGGAGGGUUCAGUACUAUGAUGUUAAUGAUGAUGGGAUGGAUGGUCGUGGCUACAGCUUUAUAUCUCCUUCGUCCCAGAAGUCUCAGGCAGAGGGGUGAUAUGAAACCAGAGAGGAAUAAUGACUCCAGUCCCCCUCCUCCAGGCCCAUCAGUUUCAUAGAAAGUCAAGGAUCAUAAAAUCUCCACGGACCAGUGCAAAGGACAUUCUACUGUGAUCACGGAAUACAAUAUUAACAUGUUUCUACUUAUAUUAUGAACGCUAAUCUUGACUUUUUCUUCAAGACUGUUAGUUUUUAUAUAUUGACUCUUUUAAAUUCUUUUUUUGAUAUAAACAGAUUAACUUAUUAAUAAAAAGAUAAGGCUUAACCAGAAUAACCAAAGCAGGAUAUGAAGAAGAUUAAGUUCAUAAAUAUUUAUAUAUAAUUAUGUGAUCUAUUUUUGACUUAAAUAUCUGGCAUGUCUAGUGCAUUCUGUGCCAAUCACUUUUUAAUAUUACACAAAAUAAACAAUAUCUUAUUUUAUAACUGUUACCAUUAUAGAUUGUUAUAAUUCCUGUAUCUAAAUAUAGAAAAUAAAUCUAAAGCAUGAACAGUGCUAGAGCUAUUAAAAGUAUUUGAUAACUGAAAUUUUCUUAACAUAGUGACUCUUAUGAAGGUAUCAAAAUAUUUUCUCAAAAAUAUAAUUAAACUAAGGGUACACUUCUUAAAGUCUUUUUGUUGGGUUUGCUGUUUCGUAGACCUAUACCAUACAUCUCACUUAGUUUAAACUCAUAUUUUGUUUUCCUGCUAGAGUAUUUUGUGUCUCAUAUAUAUUUCACUCUUAUAAGAAGAUAGACUUUAGUUUAUACAGAGUUUUUACCAGGAAGACCUUCCUAUAUUUGUAAACAUUUAUUUAUAAACCAAAAGUAACAUAGAUAAAUGUAAAACUAACCUUAGGAAUCUUUUUGUUGAUAUUGUUGUUAAACCAUUGUACAUGUAAUACUUUGUUAUGAUUAGUUAUGAUAUUGAGAUUGUUGUUCAUUAUCUCAAACUGGUUACCCUGAUUCUAAUUCUGUGGAGAUGCAUAAAUCCCAAGGAGUAAUCAAUGAGACAUUUGCAACAUUAAGGAAGUAAAAUGUGGAUCAGAUGCCCAGGGAGAACAAUUCCUCUGGGAAUCAGAUCCAGAUUUGACUAUCCACCACUGCUGACUUUUAAUAAUUGCUUCUUUGGAUGCAGAUCCCUACUUGGUUAUGGAUCAGGAAAACUCAGUAUUUAUCUUAAUUGGGUAUUUUUUGUGAAUGACAAUUCACUAUUCAUAAAUUUCACAAUAACCGUGGAUAUCAACCAGUGCUUUGUGAUUUUUUUGUCAACAGUUUGCCUAAAGAGUGAUCAUUCAUUAAAAGUGGUUAAUUGGAAUGAAAGUAUUGUAACAAAGUAUUAUAUUUGUUUUUGUUGCUUGUUAUUUUAUUUUACCUAUGCAUCUGCGGUUGUACAUCCAUGAGGGUUUUUAUCAUAAAGUGUAUUUCUUUAUUGUUUGAUGUUGUCAUUUUAGAAAAAAAAAAGUCUUUCAAGUUGUCUUGUAGCAAAAUUCAAUCAUAACUUUUGUUAAAAUUAUGAAAAUGAGAAAAACUAAACUUUUCUUCGAAUAUGAUACGGUAAUUUUGUAUUCCAAUUGUGUUGUUUUGCAUUUUGCACUGCUAUUUUUAUUUAGUUCUACAGCAGAAAAAAGAGUUGGAAGAAUUUCAAAAUUAAUAAUCUAGUCAUGCAUUUCUGUUAAAGCUUUCAAUUUUUUUUGUAAUGUUUAAAUAUAUUGCCCUUGUAUAAAAAACAUUUGGAACUGCUAAAUAUAUAAGUGUAACCCUUUUUUUCCAUUAUUUUUUGUUAUUCUUUGCCAAUUGUAUCAUGAUUUCACGAUUUAUAUUUGUUUAUGUUGAAUCAUUAUUUUAUUGCAUUGUUGCUAUUUUAUUUUAAAGCUUAUACAUUACAUUCAUAGUAAACCAUCCAAUGAAAGUCUUUGACAUAAUAGAGAAAAGCUUUAAGGAUUUUUCAUUAAAACUUAAGAGUAGACACUAUUAAAUUGCUAUAACAAAAGUUCACUCAAUGGACAAAAGCCAAACCUAGCAAGAUUUUACAGUUCACGCAAAGUAAACCUGGCUGAUGUCAAGUGGACACAGUGAUACAAUGCUAUUGGUGUAUAUUUAAGAUUUACUUGUUAAAACCUUGCCAUAUAAAAUCUCAAAUACACAAAUUAGUAUUUUAAAUUGAAUCACUAACACUCACCAGCUUUCACUGUGAAAAAUCACUACCAUGAGUGAUUUUUAAGUGACCCAUUUGAUGUGACUGUAUACAUGUAAGAUUCUCUUUUUUUUCAAGUGUUUUUUCUCGAAACCUUGUGUUUUAUUAGAAUAUCCUUAAUGUAUAACCCUAUAAUAUUGUCAUAGUUAUUUUACUUGUUAAAUGCUAGUAACAAUGAAAAUAAAACUAAGCGUGUAACGGAAGUGGAUCAAAGUACACAAAUUUUUAAUUUUGACUUUGUAGAUAGUUCAUCAUUAAAGGGUCAGAUUACCUCCCUUUGAAAAUUCUUUGCCUGAUAUAGUAUUUGUUUGGCUAAUGUGUUGUAAAGCAUAAAACAUCAAUCCUGGAAAGUAAUUAUUGUAAAGGUAUUUUGAUGGGCAUACAGCAAACUUUAAGAAUUUGUCUGAAUAUCUCUUUCCAAAAGCAAAAUUGAAGAAAUAAGCACAUAAAAGGGGUUUUUAGCUGCCAUGCUUUGUAUGCUAUUGAGAAGACAUUGUAUUAUGUUCUUUGUGACAAUGUAUACAGGAGAAUAAUAACUAAAUUCAUAAAGUAGAUAACUAAUUUCUAAUGUUACUUAGUCUGCUUCAAUCUGUUGAAGAGCUGGUUAAAAAUAUAAAUGUUAAAAGAAAAAUUUCACAGGUGGAAAUUUGUUGUUUACCAAAAGCUCUACAUUGAAUUCAGAUUUAACUGAAUAGUUGCAAGAAAAUUAAUUAGAACCUGUUGAAGUUUAGAUGUGAUUUUAACAUGUAAAGUUAUAGAAAGCUGCAAAGGAAUUGUUUUAAGAGAUCCGAGGAAAGAAAAUGAUGUUUGAAAUGUAUUUUUUUCCAUAAUAUUUUCAUACUCUGUGAUAUUAUAGAUUUCUGAUUCUCAUGUCAUCAAUAAAAUGGAUGUGGGAAAAAUUA